AUGGACCAGUCGGACAGCGUUUUCCGCCUGGCCAUGGACCAGUCGGACAGCGUUUUCCGCCUGGCCAUGGACCAGUCGGACAGCGCUUUCCGCCUGGCCAUGGACCAGUCGGACAGCGCUUUCCGCCUGGCCAUGGACCAGUUGGACAGCGUUUUCCGCCUGGCCAUGGACCAGUCGGACAGCGUUUUCCGCCUGGCCAUGGACCGGUCGGACAGCGUUUUCCGCCUGGCCAUGGACCAGUCGGACAGCGUUUUCCGCCUGGCCAUGGAUCAGGACAACAUGGCCAAUAAUGUAUGCGUAUCACUAUCAAGUGGACAGAUUGAGGUGGAUACCUCGGAUCGAGGAUUUGAUGUACCAGAAGGGAUCAGUGGCCGGAUUGGCAGAGCAGCUCAGCUACAGGCUCUCAUGAGGCUCAUCGUUGGGCAGUCUGGUCGUGUGCCAUAUGUGUGGCCUUUGCCUUUUAGACAGAUGUGUUCCCAGUCAUGCAUGGAUGGCAGACUGCUCCUUGUACUGCUGAUCAGUGAGGAAACGAUCAACUGCACGAGAGACAUGCUCAGGAACGCAGGCGCCGAAGCUGCCACCACAUACUUCUGGCCAUAUGAGCGAGACACACAGGACGCCAAUGAAGUUGCUCAGUACAGUCGUUCGCAUGCUAGCCCAGUGAUGCUGCUCCUCGCUCCAAGGGGACAUGCCCAAAUGUGCAUCUUUCACAGGUUCGAAGACACUGUUCCAACUGGUCUGACAAUCCUUGAUGGCAUUACUAACGGCCAGUUGUACCUAGAGGCUUUUCAGAGAAACAGGGACCGCAUCAGACAGGGCCAGAUACUACGCCGACAUCAGGACAACGAGUUGGCCCAAGAGGUGCAGAGAUGUGACCCCCCCGCCACUGGAGGUCCAACUGCCCACCAGACCGGUCACCCCCCCGCCACUGGAGGUCCAACUGCCCACCAGACCGCUGAACCCCCCGCCACUGGAGGUCCAACUGCCCACCAGACCGCUGAACCCCCCGCCACUGGAGGUCCAACUGCCCACCAGACCGCUGAACCCCCCGCCACUGGAGGUCAAACUGCCCACCACACCGGUCACCCCCCCGCCACUGGAGGUCAAACUGCCCACCAGACCGCUGAACCCCCCGCCAAUGGAGGUCAAACUGCCCAGCAGACCGCUGACCCCCCCGCGACUGGAGAUCAAACUGCCCAGGAGACCGCUGACCCUGUAGCUGAAAUUGUGAGGCAGUCCUGGGAGGACAGGUUUCCAGCUGCUAGGACCACAGAGCCAGCAACUGGGUGCUAUGGUGUUCACGGGGCACCACGCCACCACCCCUACCCCUCAAGGCAGCAAGCACAGCGCUUUCAGCAGGGACCCCAACGCUACAGGGACACAGACGAUCCGUCUCAACCCCGACUCUCCCGGGACCUCACCACUCCAUCUCAAUCCCGACCCCCCAGGAACCUCGCCACUCCAGUAGGACAGCGCUUUCCGCCUGGCCAUGGACCAGUCGGACAGCGUUUUCCGCCUGGCCAUGGACCAGUCGGACAGCGUUUUCCGCCUGGCCAUGGAUCAGGACAACAUGGCCAAUAAUGUAUGCGUAUCACUAUCAAGUUAAAAGAUUUUCAGUGAAAGAUGACCUUUAUUCAGUGCUUAUAUAAAUAUUUGUUUUGCUCUUGAUUUUUACAUAUUUGAGUGACCAUUAUAUGGUUUGAACAUCUAUCAAGUGAUAGAUUUCCCCAAAAUAUCUCCUUAUAUUUGGUCACAUAGAGUCCAGUCCAGUCUUCUCUCAAUCUGAAGAUUUUUACUGUCCAAACCACUCACGCAGUCAACAUCUUUUCAGAUUUUUAUUUUGUUUUAAUAGUUUAUGCUUAGACUUAUAGUUUUCUCCAAAAUAAUCUUUAAGACUGGUAUUUAGACAUUGAGUAGUAAGAAAAAGUCUAUGUCACAUUCUAAACUCUUGUUACUGUAUCUCAACCCUUCAAAAAAUUCUUUAAAUUUUGUGUCAAUAGUUGUUAUUCCUAGAUUCCAAGUGAUGUAUAACAUUUUCUUUCAAAACAUGUCCUUAGAGACCUGUAUAUCAAGUAUAUAACUGUCUCAACCACUCACAAAUGCCAGGUAGUUAAAACACCUUUUAAUUUGUUUUGCAUCAAUUACAGUAUAGUUUUGUAUCUAUUAAAGUUUGUAUCAAGAUUAUUAUCAGAAAUCAUUUCAUUCAGUUUCAAUUUGUAUUGUUUAGGGGCAAGAAAAGAAAGCAUCUGAUUCGAGCACGAGAACAUGACAGACUGAAUGCUACGUAAGAUUAAGUAUAUUGCCAUGAAAUGAAGCGUUCCACUUGAAUAAAUAUGACAAAAACAGCACAUCACAAGUUUCAGUUGUCUGGAAGUGAGGAUUUGAUGAAUGGUCCCCAUGAUGUUGAACCUGUUUUUAAGGAAGGACUUACUUGAAGUCAACUUUAUUUUG